CGGUCGCCUCGGCCGGCGAUUGGCCGUUCGCUGGGGUGGGCGGGGCCGCGUGGGGCCGCGCGGGAAACGGGACGCGAUGGCGGAGGCGCGGCGGGAGCGCGCGCGGGGGGCGCUGCUGGCGCUCGAGGCCGCCCUGGCCCUGGAGGAGGAGGAGGGCGACGUCCCGGCCCGGGUCCUGGUGGAGCAUGUGGUGGACACCCGGCGGAAGCAGAAGCUGCUCCUGACCCAGCUGCGGGUGCUGCGGCGGCUCCUGGGGGUCAUCGAGAACCCGGGGCCCCCCCCGGCCCCCCCAAACCUGCGCGAGGAGGGGGCGCGGGCGCGGGGGAGGUGGCAGCAGCUGAAGUGGGGGUACGGGGGGGCCCUGGGGGGGGCCCUGCCCCCCGCCCUCGCCCAGCUGGGGAGGGGGCGGCGCCUGCUGCGGAGCCUGCGGGGGGUCCUCGGGGGGCGCCGGCGCCAGAUAGCGGAGCUGGAGGCGAAGGUGCGCGAGGCCGAAGGCAGGCGGGAUGAGCUGCGGCGGCGCCUGGAGCAGCGGCGGGAGGCGGCCCUCAGGGCGGGGGCGGGGCGCCGCCUCUACGAGCGCCUGGCGGGGGUGGGGGUGCCGCCCCUCCCCCCCCCGGGGCCCCCCGAAACCCUCCCGGACCCUCGUCUGCGCCGCAGCCCCGGGGGGGGCGUCUGCCCACUGGUGAGGGGGGCGGGGGGGGGCGCUGGGGGGCACUGGGAGAGCGCGGGGGGGCACUGGGGGC